CGGCGGGGCGGGGCGGCCGGCAGCGCGGCUCGGUGGCUCCCCGCGGCACAGGCGGGGCCGCGGCCGCGAUGCUGCCGGCGCUGCCGGACGGCGACGAGCGGGAGCUGGAGAGCAGCGAGGAGGGCGGCGGCGCGGCCGAGGAGCGGCGGCCGGAGCGGCAUGGCUGCACCUACCACGGCCUCUAUGGCUACCGCAGGUCCGCGCCGCAGGGAGCUGCCGGCGGGGAUGCCAGUGCCGGCGGCGCCGUGGGACACACACCCUCCACCGAAGACUUUAGCCUCUCCUUGCUGGACACCAACUUACCAGCUGAAGCGGAGACGGAGUUGCGCAGUUUCAUCGCUAAGCGUCUUACUAAAGGAGCGCUGUUUGAAGGAAUGGGGAAUGUAGCAUCAGUGGGGCUGAGCAUACCAGAAGGUAAAGUUGGUUGUUACUACUGUCGUUUCCAACAAGAAAGUCUUCUGGAAAUGGCAACAUUGGAAUCAGACAUCAAUGCUCCAGAAUAUGUAGUUUGUUUCUUAGGUGGCUCAGAGAAAGGUCUGGAACUUUUCAGACUUGAGCUGGACAAAUACAUUCAAAAUCUGAAGAUAAACCUUGAUUUGGAGCAAAAAAACUUGGAGGCCUGUGUUAGCCCCUACCUGAGGAGCUGGUUUGAGGAUGCCAUCUGCCCUAUCCAGAGGGUGGUGCAGCUCUUCCAGGACAAACUUGCCUCUUUGCUACAUGCUGCUCUGAGUUACACUCCUGUAGAAGUCAAAAAUGCAGAUGAAAGAACAGAAAAGGACAUCAGCAGGUUCCUGGCAGCUGCCAGCCUCCAAGGACUUGUCCAGGAAGGCACAAUGACCUCCCUGUGCAUUGCCAUGACAGAGGAACUGCACAAGUCCAUGGUUAUAGACUGUAGUGGACCUCAGCCCCAGCUGCAUAAUGCAGGAAGCAACAGAUUCUGUGAGGACUGGAUGCAAGCUUUUGUGAAUGGUGCUGAAGGUGGAAAUCCAUUUCUCUUUCGGCAGAUUUUGGAAAACUUUAAAUUGAAGGCUAUCCAGGACAUUAACAACCUGAAGAGGUUUAUCCGCCAGGCUGAAAUGAACCACUACGCCUUGUUCAAGUGCUACCUGUUCCUAAAGAACUGUGGCAGUGGAGACAUCCUGCUGAAGAUUGUGAAAGUAGAACAUGCAGAAAUGCCAGAAGCCAGGAAUGUAGUGACCGUCCUGGAGGAAUUCAUGAAAGAAACAUCAGUGGCUUAAAAUUAUCUUAUGUAUAAAUCACUAAUUUCUUCUGUGCAAUGCAGCUAUUGCAGGAUUUUUAAUUUAUAUUUAAAAGUAUAACCCAAGUUAAACCUUAGUUGCAAUUUCACCUGCCUUUUAUUGUUUUUAGACAAAGCACUAUGAGCUUUUUUAAUGUGUAAAUAUGAGAUAAUACAAACUCCUGCAGAGUUUUCAGAUUCUCUGACUUGCUCCUGUUCUGAGGAAAUCAUGACAUUUGAUUUUUAUAGUCAUUGCAAAACCAAACCCAAAUCCUUUACCUAGCAAGCAUGUCACUGUUCUAAAUAUUUAAAUAUCUUUAAAAUAAUUUAGAUCUGGCUACUUUGUUUUAAUAAAGAAGUACGAACAUCUGGAUAGAUAUAGAUAAUGAAUUAAUCAUUUUAGUUUAGAUAAGAGAACCUAGGUACCAAGUCUGUGUCUGGUUUCUGCUUUCAAACUGCUGGUUUGUUCUAUUGCCACUGGAUAAACAAGUUGGUAAUUGUAUGAAACAGAGUUGCCUUAAGACUGAGCCAUGGCAGUGAUCAGUUUGUAUGUGCCUGUAUGUGUGCAUACACAUACACAACAGCAUCUGAAAUUCCCAGGCUAUUUGAUGUAUCCCGUUCUUCCUUAGUCUGAGGUGUGAUCAAGACUUUCUUUGUAUGUUCUUAUAUUACAGUUUUGCAUAACUGUAAAUAAUCCUAUGUUUUUCAAUCAUGAAGAAACUAAAGUUUCCACAUUUAAUAGCAAGACUUUUUCAGAAUUUGAAGUAAAUGAACUUCCCAAAUUAAUUACUCAGACUUUAAAACAUUUCACUGUAUCAGCAAUGGAUUCUUACCCACAUGAUGGGACACAUAGGCGGCAGAAUACCUGAAGGAAAUCUUUGACUACAGCUGGAAUAAAAACUCAUGAAGUCUCUGAGUAACCUCAUUGUUAUUCUGCAAACCUGAUACAAGCAGAAUUCCCUGUUGGUUCCCUUUGCAGGAGAGGGUGUUUGAACUCCCCCAAAACGGUGUCUGUAACUAACGUGGUUCCGUGUGAGUUGUGCUGGUGCUCUGUACUGUGAGGGCAGGAGUUGCUGCUUUCCUGUGACACCACCAUGUUGAACCUAUAAUAAGGUUGACAAUAAAACACGUUGAAAUUCUCAA